UGCAGCAGCGCCCGGGUGGGAGGAUGUGAUGACGCGGUGCCCCCGCAGCGGGAACUCGGCCUUUAAAAGCUGAGGAAGCAGCCUCCGAGCAGGCGGUGGCUCCACUGGAGGCAAGCACACCGGGUCUCACAUUAAAGAAGCCAAACUGUCUGCUUCAAAGAGAAAAGGCAACAUCCUGUCGCAGGCCAUGCUCUGGCAGAAACCCACAGCUCCAGAGCAAGCCCCGGCCCCACCCCGGCCGUACCAGGGCGUGCGUGUGAAGGAGCCGGUGAAGGAGCUGCUGCGGAGGAAACGGGGCCAUGCCAACAGUGGGACAUCGGUGACACCGACGGCGGUGGUGCUGCCCCACCAGCCCCUGGCGACCUACACCACAGUGGGUCCUUCCUGCCUUGACAUGGAGGUCUCUGCCUCCACAGUGACGGAGGAGGGGGCCUUGUGUGCGGGCUGGCUCUCCCAGCCCACCCCGGCCGCCCUCCAGCCCCUGGCCCCAUGGACACCCUACACGGAGUACGUGCCCCACGAGGCUGUCAGCUGCCCCUACUCGGCUGACAUGUAUGUGCAGCCUGUGUGCCCCAGCUACACGGUCGUGGGGCCCUCCUCGGUGCUGACCUAUGCCUCCCAGCCGCUCAUCACCAACGUCACGACGAGGAGUGCCGCCGCGCCCACCGUGGGGCCCCCACUGGAGGGCCCCGAGCACCAGGCCCCCCUCACCUACUUCCCAUGGCCUCAGCCUCUGUCCACGCUGCCCACCUCCACCCUGCAGUACCAGCCUCCAGCCCCAGCCCUGCCUGGGCCCCAAUUUGUCCAGCUCCCGAUCUCCAUCCCUGAGCCAGUCCUCCCGGAUGCCGAGGACCCCAGGAGAGCCAUCGGUUCCCUGACCAUCGAUAAGCUGCUUUUGGAGGAAGAAGAUAGCGACACCUACGCGCUCAACCACACGCUCUCCGUGGAAGGCUUUUAGCGCUGACGCCCCCCAGAACCUCCUGUUCAGCACCCUGUUCCCUGAAACUGGGAUUUAAAAAUAAGCCAGGGAUCAGACCCUCCGAUUCAUUUCUGCUUGAAGUUGCCAUUUCGUAACUACACUUUCUACCCUAAGCUAGAAUUGUAAACCAGACUUUCUCCCACCCUCCUUCCAUUCCUCCCCAUCUUUCUCACUCACCCUUUCUUAUUUCUUUUUCUGUUUCGGUUCCCUGUUGGGAAGGAAUUAGGGAUUUUAAAGAUAAGAUUUGAUGCCGGGUGUUGCCUAAUUUCUGUGGCCCAGGGUUUUCACUUCUAUCACGUUCCCUUCCUGAAGAAGGCCCCUUUCUCCAGUGCCCCCUGCUUCACGGUAGCAGCAGCCCCACUGAGCCGUCUGCAGGCAGUGACGUCCUGUGCCUUGCCAUUUUGAGAUGGACGGGGUGCCCUGUGAGAAGACCAGCCCUGCCAGCAUCUCCAAGGGCAGAACCAACGCUGGAGGCCUUGAGUGUCAGUUCCCAUAAUUGCUCCUUUGUUUGCUGUUCUCAGCUUUGGCCAGCUCUGCAGUCUAGGCAGCAGGGUCUCAAGACCUGGGGCUCAGCGAGGUGAUGGGUGGAGGGUGGGGGGUGGGAAGGAACAUCAGAGUGGGUAGGGGCUGGACCGAUGGGGGGGGUACAGAGGAGGGAUGGGGAGUUAGAGUGCAUACUUGGGGGUGGGCGUGGGGGCAGGGGAGAGCAGAAGGACUGAGGAAUGAUUUGCUUUAAUUACUUGGUUAUUAAGAAGGGGAAUGUACUUAAGAAAAAUAUAGCUUUAAUAGAUGGUUUUGCUGCUCUCCUUGAGGAUACUUGCAAGGAGAGCUGAGCUUUCAUAAACAGAAUGACUGUAUAUGUCUUUCCAUGUCCAGACCCGGCGGGGCUGAGUGCAGGCCAAGAUCCACUGAGAUCAUGUUGCGUGGGUCCUGGCUGAGUAUGGCCAAUGUGCCUCUUGAACUUCCAUGGACCACCCUUAUGUGGAGUCAAGACCUCCCCGCCAAGCACCAACCUUCCUGGGGCUUCUAGAGCCUCAGUCAGAAGGACUGCCAGGUUUCAUUUCCAUUUUUGUUUUUAUUUUUUUGCUGGAGAAACAUCAGAUUUGCAGGGGCCCAAGCACAGUUGCCACCAGAAUGCUCAUCUCCCGACAGUGGCUGUAUGCAUGGGAAACUAGCAUUAGUUGGAGGACGCCAUAUAGAAGUAGUGGACUUUUCUGGGGAAUGACAUAGAUUCACCAUUUAAAAUAACAUUUUGGAGAAAAAAUGCCUUUUUUCUUUGGAUUUUUUUCUGCUUUGGGUUUAUUUUUGACUUAACUUUCUGGUAUCUGCCUCAAGUCCCCAAAACUGAUAUCUUGAAUUGUUUUAUUCAGACUUAAUUUUUUUAGAUUUGAAAGGUUAAAAUAGCAUUUUAGAUAGCAAAUUUCCAUCUUUGUUGGCAGUGGUGUGAGUAGGCAAGAGAGAAGGGAGUCUUGGGCCUGUUUGAUCAAAAGCCCUGGUUUCCUAUAAAAAACACUAUGCAAGAUUUUCCCACUUACGAUUGGAAGCUUUGAGAAGGUGCAGAAGCAGCCUCUAUUAGGGAGCUUAAGUUGGCAAAACUAGCAAAGCAAUAAAAUCGAAUACUUGACAUAUUUGCUAAGAUUUAAGAUGUGUUUUUUUUUUUUUCCUUCUUUUCUUAAGGUCAGAUAUCUUGAUUGUAACCAUCCAUCUAAGCUUCUUCCUGGGGCUUUCUGUUAAGAUGGAAACAUUUUCAAUAAAGAUUUGCUCAGA